AUGUCAUGUCAAGAUGAAAUCUCUUGUCGAGCUCAUCCUCACGCCCAUCCACGCGCCGCAGGGGAUGCCGUCGCUCCAUCUGGCUACGAACGCGCUGCUACCCUGCCACCUUCUUACGUAACGGGCAAUCCGCACACGCACACGUCCACUGCUACUCGCUCGGCUCAGCCAAACACUGGCAUCAUUCACGCCAACGACGACGGCUCAUCAGCUAUCCACCCCUUGCUGCAUCGCAGCAACCCUCAGCAGCGGGACGGUACAUCUUGCUCCAUGCCCCCCGCUGCAUGCAUGCCAGAAGAUAUUCAGCGCGUGUCCGCAUUCUUUGGCGGCGUGCACUUCAGUCCCGACCUGUGGGCCAAUCUGCGCGUCUGCUUGCGAUUCGGCGCAGAUGCUGGUCGCAGGCGCACGUUUGGUACGCGUGGAGAUCGGUGAGUGGAGGAUGUUGGGGUGGGGUGGGGCACGUCGUGUCUUUCGUUCUCCCCCGCCCGGAUGGAGCAUGGCCAUUGACAAUGUGGUUGGUCAUUUUGCAUGACAUGACUCUCGUUCAGGAUGCUCAAGCUGAUCGUCAGCACGGCAGAGGACAUCUUGGAAGAGAAUCGCGAGAUGCUUGGAGGCAGUGAGUUGACUGAGAAUUCGCGCGUCAUACGUACGUUCGUCGCCUACUCACGCCCACCACCAUCCCUUGCUCGCCCACUCACCUCCUCGUCCAGGCUUUCAACCUCCUACCAAACUGAUCGAGACGGAUGCUGAACUUGGCAAAUGGGCGCAGAGCCGCAUGGGCGACCUCACGACGGGUCAUCUAGCAGGCGACGAGGUGCGAGCCUAUGCUGGCCUCUUCAAGGGCGGUGAGCAAUGUCGCACGCGCCCAUCGACAUGCUCGUCAAAUCAAUGUUUGGCUCACGCGCGUUGUGUGUUUUUUUUUUUUUAAAUAAGUCUGCUACUUUGUCUACCGCAGUGUGGGCGAGGCAGGCACUGCGCGCGCCCUCAAAUACAUUGGUCUCGGCUCGGAAGUGAGCACGUAA